CUCGGCCCGCUCACCGGCUGUAGAAAAUGGUGAAAGAAACCACUUACUAUGAUGUUUUGGGAGUCAAACCCAAUGCCACCCAGGAAGAGUUGAAAAAGGCUUACAGGAAACUAGCCUUGAAAUACCACCCUGAUAAGAAUCCAAACGAAGGAGAGAAGUUUAAACAGAUUUCUCAAGCUUAUGAAGUGCUCUCUGAUGCAAAGAAAAGAGAAUUAUAUGACAAAGGAGGAGAACAGGCCAUCAAAGAGGGUGGAGCAGGUGGGGGUUUUGGCUCCCCCAUGGACAUCUUUGAUAUGUUUUUUGGAGGUGGUGGAAGGAUGCAGAGAGAAAGGAGAGGUAAAAAUGUUGUACAUCAGCUCUCAGUAACCUUAGAAGAUUUAUAUAAUGGUGCAACAAGAAAACUCGCUCUGCAAAAGAAUGUGAUUUGCGACAAAUGUGAAGGCCGAGGUGGUAAGAAAGGAGCAGUCGAGUGCUGUCCCAAUUGCCGAGGUACUGGAAUGCAAAUAAGAAUUCAUCAGAUAGGACCUGGAAUGGUUCAGCAAAUUCAGUCUGUGUGCAUGGAGUGCCAAGGCCAUGGGGAACGGAUCAGUCCUAAAGAUAGAUGUAAAAGUUGCAAUGGAAGGAAGAUAGUUCGAGAGAAGAAGAUUCUAGAAGUUCAUAUUGACAAAGGCAUGAAAGAUGGCCAAAAGAUAACAUUCCAUGGUGAAGGAGACCAAGAGCCAGGACUGGAGCCAGGAGAUAUUAUCAUUGUUUUAGAUCAGAAGGAUCAUGCUGUUUUUACUCGGCGAGGAGAGGACCUUUUCAUGUGUAUGGACAUACAGCUGGUUGAAGCAUUGUGUGGCUUCCAAAAGCCAAUAUCCACUCUUGACAACCGAACCAUAGUUAUCACCUCUCAUCCAGGUCAGAUUGUCAAACAUGGAGACAUCAAGUGUGUGCUAAAUGAAGGCAUGCCAAUUUAUCGUAGGCCAUAUGAAAAGGGUCGCCUAAUCAUCGAAUUUAAGGUAAACUUUCCUGAGAAUGGCUUUCUCUCACCUGAUAAACUGUCUUUGCUGGAAAAACUGCUACCUGAGAGAAAAGAAGUAGAAGAAACUGAUGAAAUGGAUCAGGUAGAACUGGUAGACUUUGAUCCCAAUCAGGAAAGACGCCGCCAUUACAAUGGAGAAGCAUAUGAGGAUGAUGAGCAUCACCCCAGAGGUGGUGUUCAGUGUCAAACCUCCUAGUUGGGGCCAGUGAAUAACACUCACUACUGGCAUUUUAUAUGCAGUAGUGAGUAAGUGAAAGACUGUAAUCAUAAUAUGCUCACUACUUGCUAUUGUUUUUGUUUUAAUAUUCAACUAUAGUAGUGUUUUAAAAGUUAAAUGAAGAAUAAACUCAAAUAUAAAAGCUCAAAAAAAAAAAAAAUGCUAUG